UUGGGUUUCAAUUCUAAACUCAAUGGCAAGGAAUUUGAUUUAUUUUUAAUUGUUUAUAGUACUUUUUUUUAUAGUUAAAAAGAGUUUCACCUGCGAACCGAACCGGUCGCUUAGUCCCUUUCGCUAUUGGUUACAAGAGCGCCGCUUAGCCACUGUUUUUCUCUUCCUCUUUUUAGUUUCCGACUUUCCUUCUCUUUACAAUCUCUCAAACUCAAAGUUUCUCCUUUUUAUCCUUUUUCUAUAAACGUUUCAUCGAAUCAAACUUCUUGACUCGGUCUUUGAUUCUUUACAAACAAAACCCAUGUUUUUUUUUUCUUUGAAAGUCUUGAAUUCUUUGUAAAAAAGAGACUUUUCUUUGUUGUUCGUAACUUUGGAAUAUACAGAUCCCUUUGAUUCCAUUGAUUUCCAAUACCCAUUUAAACCAAAAAGAAUCAAUACCCAAUGCCACUCUUCCCACCAUCACCACCAUAAAUUCUUCUCUUUUUUGUUCUUUAUUUUUCUUUUAUAUUGAAGCAUUUAUACUUGAUAAUAAAAUAAAGAAAAAAAAUCAUCAUCAUGAGGGCAAGAUUGGUGGUGUUCCCAAUUAAAGGGAAAAACUGGUGCUUUAGCAGAUCCAUUGACCAGUCUGUAUCAGAAUCCACCGCUGCUAACAUUCCUUCCACUGUCAAAGGGCUUUGGAAGAAGAUGUCAUCCAACUCCAAGCCCCUCAAUGCCAAUGCUGAGCUUCUUGUUGAUUUCAUUUCCAACAAGAUGAAUAAGGCGUGGAUGGGUCUGGAAAAGGCGCCUGACGGCAGUUUCAAAAACAAGCUACAUGGGUUGGGAUUGCGGCUUUUAGCUCGAGUUAAGCCAUCUGAGAUUUUGUUGAAAUCUAUAACCAAGGAUGUUAAUAAUGUUCAGAUUACAUACCCUUCCAGUUUAAAUGCACGGCUUGUGCGGCGAAGAUUACGACAGAUAGCCUUGAGGGGUACUGUUAUACACAGGAAAUACUUUUAUGGUUCAGUUUCGUUGCUUCCACUGACAACUGCAUUUACCGUUCUACCUCUGCCGAAUAUCCCAUUCUUUUGGGUAUUGUUUCGCACUUAUUCACAUUGGCGAGCUCUCCAGGGAAGUGAGAAGCUCCUUCAGCUAGUCUCAGAUUACUCCCAAGCUCAAAACUCAAUUGUUUCUAAUGGGAAGGCGAACGAAUCUGAGGAUAACAAUUCCAAGUAUGGAACAAAGAAUUCGCCAGGUUUUCAAUGGGUAUUGGAGCCAUCGAAGGAAUUGGAUGGCCUUCUUCACAGGGGACAUGAAAAUGGCAGUCUUUGUGAAGAUGCUAUUGCAGAUAUAUGCAUGACCUUUAGUUUGAACAAGAAUGAUGUUUUAAAAUGGAGAGAUUUGGUGUAAUUGACAUUCUUUUUUCUUUCUUUUUUUUUUUUUGUGUCAAUAUAACAAUAUUGUGAAAAAUAAAUGCAA